GGCGCCCGCACCGGUGCUCACUCCCUUCCCAGCAGCCCUCGCGCCUAGUGUUGGGUUUGGCGGACACCAGGACAGCAAGAUGGCGUCGCCCGUGCCACUGAAGGACAAGAAGCUCAUGGAGGUUAAACUUGGAGAGCUGCCAAGCUGGGUAAUGAUGCGGAAUUUCACCCCCAGUGGCAUCGUGGGAGCCUUUCAGAGAGGAGCAGGGGGGAGAGGGAAGUGCGCUAUAGACCUCAUGAGACUUUCCCGGCUCUUUUCUGGCCCCCACCCCAUUGGACUGUCUGUCCUUCAACACUUGGAUCUUCUUGGAUCUACCCAAUGGACGGGAGGCAAGGAGGGAUUUGCACAGCUGAGGGUGGCGUGGCCACAUUGGCAGGUGUCAGCAGCCUUCUGCAGCUCUCCCUCCCACCAGGGGAGCCAGAGGAACGCGAGCAGCCUCUGCUCAGACUCCAGUAAGCUCCUCACAGCAGCCCCUCAGGAGGAGGACGAAGAGAGCUUUGGGACCCUCUCUGACAAAUACUCCUCUCGGAAAAUAUUCCACAAGUCAACAGCCCAGCUGUAUAACCUGCGGCUCAAGGAGCAGGGUGUUGAGGAGGAAGAACUGGAGCCCAAACUGUGGCAGGGCCGGAGGAACACUGCAUACUGGUACUUCUUUCAGUGCAGACGUCUGAUCAAGGAAGGAAAGCUGGCGGAGGCCCUGGAUCUGUUGGAGAGGCAGAUGCUGAAGGAGGAACGUUUGCAGCCUCUGGAGUGCAACUAUACAGUGCUGAUCGGAGGCUGCGGGCGCGUCGGCUACCUGAGGAAGGCCUUCAAGCUCUAUAAUGACAUGAAGAAGAGAGGCCUGGAGCCCUCAGAUGCCACAUACACAGCUCUGUUCAACGUCUGUGCAGAGUCCCCCUGGAAGCACUCUGCCCUGCAGAGUGCGCUGAAGCUCCGACGGCAGCUCCAGGCCAGAAACUUCCAGCUCCACCUGAAAACAUACCAUGCCCUGCUGAAGGUGGCCGCCAAGUGUGCAGACCUCAGAAUGUGCCUUGAUAUCUUCAAGGAAAUUAUCCACAAAGGGCAUGCAGUCACAGAGGAGACCUUCUGUUUCCUGCUCAUGGGCUGCAUCCAGGACAAGAAGGCAGGAUUCCGGCAAGCCGUGCAGGUGUGGUGGCAGAUGUUGAGUCUGGGGAUCAAACCAACUAGGCAUGGCUAUAACCUCCUCUUGGUGGCAGCUCGAGACUGUGGUCUGGGGGACCCAGAGGUUGCCUAUAGGCUGCUCCUGAAGCCUCAGGAAGAGACCAUCCUACUCCAGCCCUCAGCAAGCAGGCCUCAGGCAAGGAGGAAAGUCCAGGGCAAGGCAGAAGAUGGUGUGUCAAUUAGACAUGUGGAGGCACUGGAGAGGCAGUUGUUUCUGGAACCUUCUCAGAAAUUUGAGGUGCCUUCAGACUUCCCUGAGACUGGGGUAACAAGCAGGACACAGCCCGAGGUAGAAACCAAGGCAGAACCUGGCCUCAUAGCAGCCCACACCCCACUGGCCCUAAAGCCUUCCCACUUGGAGCUAGAAUUCAAUAUCCUGAGUCUUGGAACUCUCCCCUCGACCGUAGUCUCCUUUGGGACAGUGGCCACACCUGCUGAUAGACUGGCCUUGAUGGGGGGCCUGGAGGGCUUCCUGGGCAAAAUGGCAGAACAUGGGCUCCAGCCGGACAUCAAAACCCUCACUCUACUAGCUGAGGUGGUGGAACCUGGGAGCCCCACAGAGUCCUCGCUGCUGACCAUCCUGGACAGGCAUGAGGUGGAGGCUGAUGUGACUUUCUUCAACAUGCUGAUAAAGAAGAAGAGCAAGCUGGGAGACCUGGAGGGAGCGAAGGCGCUGUUGCCAAUCCUGGCAAAGAAGGGAAUUGUCCCCAAUCUUCGAACUUUCUGCAGCCUGGCCAUUGGGUGCCAUAGGCCCAGGGAUGGUAUGCAGCUGCUUGCAGACAUGCAGAAAUCCCAGCUGACCCCUAACACCCACAUCUACAGCACUCUCAUCAACGUGGCUCUCAAGAAGCUGGACUAUGCCUAUCUCAUUGAUAUCCUGAAGGACAUGAGGCGGAACAGUGUCCCAGUGAAUGAAGUAAUUAUUCGCCAGCUAGAGUUUGCUGCUGAGUACCCUCCCACCUUUGACCGGUACAAAGGGAAAAACACAUACUUGGAGAAGAUUGAUGGUUUUCGAGCUUAUUACAAGCAGUGGCUGAAAGUGAUGCCAGCAGAGGAAGCCCCCCACCCCUGGCAGGAGUUCCAGACCAAGCCUAAGGGGAACCAAGACAGCAUUGGGAAUGCUGGUGUUGGUGGACGCCUUAGGGACAGGUGAUGGAGCAUGCUGCUAUGACAAGUACCCAGCUUUCACAGUGAUGAUGGAACCCAAGAGAAUAUGCUGGUGUCACCUCUCUAGAGGCACAGGUGUGAGGAUAAAUGCUGGGCCAGGGUGCCCUCCCCAUCACGCUCCUUGGUCACACAGCGUCUAUGACAUUGAGCCAGGACUGAGCCCAUCCCCUGCAUUCCACAGCCUAAAAGAAUAAAUAUAGCCAAGAG